AUGCUCAUCAGAUCACAAAUACCCAAGUCAAUAUGGAGAUCAAGUUCCAUUAGAUUGUUUUCCAGUUCAUCAUUACUCAGAUCAUCAACACCAUCAUCAACAAACAUUAAACAAUCAGAAUCAAUAGAUAAACAAUCUCCUGAAUAUAAAGAAUUUCAAGAGUUUCAAAAAUGGAAAAAUUUACAAUCACAAUCAACAUUAGAUAAACCAAAAAGAAUAGUUGUUGCUAUAACAGGUGCAACAGGUGUUGUAUUAGGUGUUAAAAUUUUGGAAAUGUUACAAAAAUUAGGUGUGGAAACUCAUGUAAUAAUAUCUAAAUGGGGUGUUGGAACAAUGAAAUUUGAAACAGAUUAUACUUUAAAAGAUAUAACAAGAUUAUCCACGGUUCAUUAUUUAUCAAAAGAUGUUUCUGCUCCAAUUUCAAGUGGUUCAUUCCAUCAUGAUGGUAUGAUUGUUGUACCAUGUUCAAUGAAAACUUUAUCAGCUAUAAGGACAGGUUAUACUGAAGAUUUAAUCGUUAGAGCUGCAGAUGUUACAAUUAAAGAGAAAAGAAGAUUAUUAUUAUGUGUUAGAGAAACUCCAUUAUCAAGUAUUCAUUUAGAAAAUAUGUUAUCAUUAAGUAAUAAAGAUGUUAUAAUUUUCCCACCAGUCCCUGCUUUUUAUACAAGACCUAAAUCUAUUGAUGAUAUUGUUCAACAAACGUCGGGGAGAAUAUUGGAUUUUUUUGGUUUAGAUACUAGUAAUUUCCCUAGAUGGAAUGGUAUGACAAAUCCUAAUGUUGUGGAGGAUAAAGAUGAAGGAAGUUUUGAAAAGGAAUGA